GGUUCUGGUUUUUGUUUGGAGUCACCACGGUCAAAAGAACACGCAAAGCAAACCACCCACCCCAACACAACGCCACACAACACAAACCGUGUGCAACACAAAGUCGGUGUUAACCUCCUUCUCUUCCAAACCCUAAUCGCCAUCCGCAACCCUCCUUUCUAUGACUGAGUGCUAUUGGGGCCGCUAUGUGUUAGCUUCGUCGAUUUUUGGUUUCGUGAUUAUCCUGAUUCUCUUUCCACCAAAUUAUUCGGUUUGAUGCCAUGGAUUUGGUACCUAGCGUUAAGGAAAAAUUGAACUAUUUUCGUAUUAAAGAGCUCAAAGAUGUGCUCACUCAGUUGCACCUUUCAAAGCAGGGGAAGAAGCAGGAUCUUGUUGAUCGAAUAUUAUCUGUGCUCUCAGAUGAACAAGUUUCAAAAAUGUGGGCUAAGAAGAAUGCUGGUGGAAAGGAACAGGUGGCAAAAUUAGUUGAUGAUACCUAUAGGAAAAUGCAGAUAUCUGGGGCCACUGAUCUAGCAUCUAAGGGACAGGGGGCAUCAGAUAGUAGUAGUAUAAAGGUGAAAGGUGAAAUUGACGAUUCCUUCCAGCCAGAUACAAAGAUUCGCUGUUUAUGUGGAAGUAGAUUGGAAACAGAGGAUUUGGUCAAGUGUGAUGAUCCAAGAUGCCAAGUGUGGCAGCACAUCAGUUGCGUUAUUAUUCCAGAGAAACCUACAGAAGGCAUCCCACCAGUUCCUGAUAAGUUUUAUUGUGAACUAUGUCGUCUCACUCGUGCUGACCCAUUUUGGGUUGCAGUGGCGCACCCUUUACUUCCUGUGAAGUUAACAACAACCAGUAAUCCAACUGAUGGAACCAACCCUGUGCAGAGUGUGGAAAGAACAUUUCAGCUUACUAGAGCAGACAAAGACUUGGUUUCCAAACCAGAAUUUGAUGUUGAGGCUUGGUGUAUGCUCCUAAACGACAAGGUUCCGUUCAGGAUGCAAUGGCCGCAAUAUACAGACCUGCAGGUCAAUGGUGUUCCUGUUCGAGCAACUAACAGACCUGGUUCACAGUUGCUUGGAGCUAAUGGUCGGGAUGAUGGCCCAAUUAUCACGCCGUACACAAAAGAUGGAAUUAAUAAGAUUUCAUUAACAGGAUGCGAUGCUCGUAUUUUUUGUCUAGGGGUUCGGAUUGUUAGAAGGCGCAGCAUGCAGCAGAUCCUAAACUUAAUUCCUAAGGAGUCUGAUGGUGAGCUUUUUGAAGACGCUCUUGCACGGGUGUGUCGUUGUGUUGGGGGCGGAAACGCAGAUGGUGAUGCUGAUAGUGACAGUGAUUUGGAAGUGGUUUCAGAUACUUUCAGUGUCAACCUUCGUUGUCCUAUGAGUGGUUCAAGAAUGAAGAUUGCUGGAAGAUUCAAACCUUGUAUUCACAUGGGUUGCUUUGACCUUGAAGUUCUUGUGGAAAUAAAUCAACGAUCAAGGAAGUGGCAAUGUCCUAUAUGUCUCAAAAACUAUGCUUUGGAGAAUAUCAUCAUUGAUCCUUAUUUCAAUCGCAUCACUUCUAUGAUGGUAAAUUGUGGCGAGGAAAUUACAGAGGUUGAGGUGAAGCCUGAUGGUUCUUGGCGUGUGAAGACAAAGGGUGAAAGUGAACGCCAGGAAUUAGGGAGUCUAGCACAGUGGCAUCUUCCUGAUGGAUCCCCAUGCGUUUCAGCUGAUGGAGAUUUCAAGAGAGUGGAUACAUUGGCAUUGAAGCAGGUCAAACAGGAAGGGGUUUUUGACACUCCAACUGGUUUAAAACUUGGCAUCAGGAAAAAUCGCAAUGGAGAUUGGGAAGUCAGUAAACCUCAGGGCACAAACACGUCUUCUGGUAAUAAAUUGAAAGCAAUUUUUGGAAAUCCCGAACAGGUUGUUAUUCCAAUGAGCAGCAGUGCUACUGGAAGUGGCCGGGAUGGUGAUGAUCCUAGUGUAAAUCAGGGUGGUGGCGGGCAUAUUGACUAUUCCACUGCAAAUGGCGUUGAAAUGGAUUCUCUGUGUCUCAAUAAUGUUGAUUUAGCAUAUGACUAUACUGGACAUGGCACUUCUGCUCAGGUGGUUGGUGCAGAAGUUAUUGUUCUUAGUGAUUCUGAAGAGGAUAAUGAUCUCUUGGUAUCUCCUCCAGUUGCGUAUAGGAACAACCCAAAUAAUGCUACAGAUGGUUAUUCUGUACAGCCUCCUGUAAUGGUUGAUUCGUAUGCUGAAGAUCAUAAUCUUGGUGGAAAUUCAUGCUUAGGACUCUUUCCCAAUGAUGAUGAUUUUGGGAUACCUUCCCUGUGGUCUAUGCCUUCUGGAAGGCAGGCUGGUCCUGGAUUUCAACUAUUUGGAUCUGAUGCAGAUGUAUCAGAUGCAUUGGUCCAUCUGCAACAUGGUCCUGUGAAUUGCUCGUCAUCACUAAAUGGUUAUGCACUAGCUCCUGAUACUGCUUUGGGAUCUGGUGGUAUCUUGCAAGAUUCCUCUGCUGGUCGGUUGGAUGCUGAUUUGAAUGGUGGUUUGGUGGACAAUCCAUUAGCAUUUGGUGGUGAUGAUCCCUCACUUCAGAUUUUUCUCCCCACUAGACCAGCAGAUUCAUCCAUGCAGAAUGAAUUGAGAGAUCAGGCAAAUGUGGCUAAUGGUGUCUGCACUGAGGAGGAUUGGAUAUCCCUUAGUCUUGGAGGUGGUGCUGGUGGUAAUAAUGGUGAUGCUUCUACUCAAAAUGGAUUGAAUUCUAGACAUCAAAUCCCAACCAGAGAAGUUGGCACAAAUACUUUGGAUGAUACUGCUUCUUUACUCCUUGGGAUGAAUGAUGUCAGAACUGACAGGCCAGGUAGGCAAAGGUCAGAUAGUCCUUUCUCAUUUCCUCGCCAAAGGCGUCGCUUGUACCUUUCUAUUGAUUCAGAUUCAGAGUAAGGUCAGACCUUGUGUCUCAAAAACUUUAGUUAAUACAUUUAUGUGGUCUAAGGCAUCUCUGGUGGAACAGAGCUACAAGUUACCCUCCCAAAAAUGCUUGCACCCACCCCAUCGACAAGGAUGUUGGUCGUAAUGAUUCUUUGUGCUUGCUAUCUAAAUUGUCCUUAGGACAUGUUUGUAUACCAAGCUGGAGCUAUUAUUCCCAUCAAUUUUCAAAGAGGGUGUGCUGGGGGUAUACUGCUGCUUUUAUUGUAUAGUUGUUCAUUCGAAUAUGGUAGUUUAAACUUUGAAAUUUGGUGGGACAUUAUAUCAGCAUUUUUGUCUCUGCGGAGAGCAAUAACCUGUAAAUGAUUUAGCCAUAUCAGAUCCUACAGUUAAAUCAAAGAUAUUGUUUCUUAAA